CGAGCACUAGCUUUAUCGAUAUGCUGUUGACACGUCUAGUUUAGUUUAUUUAUUUAUUGUCCAGAAAUUGUUUUAGUAGAAAUUUAUGGCUGACUUUCAAGAGCAGCUGCGACAAUAUCGCCUUAAGAAGCGAAGGAAGGAGACCGUUGACAAUUUCAAAACCAAACUGCGCCGCUUCUGGAUGUUGGGCACGGGGGCCAACAAAGAUACCACCAUUGAGGUACAACAGGAUCCACCCACAACCAAGGCCCACGAUCCAGCUGAAGAGUCUCCUGAUGAGUCUGCUUUCUCCAGCGAAAAUGAACUGAUUCCAGAGGAAAGCUUGUCCAGAUCCACAGAGCACCAUCACAAGGAAAACAAUACCCUAAAGUACACCCUCUGGGGUGUUUACUUCCUAUUCUGGGUUACCCUCUAUGUGAUAGCCAUUGAGCUGAAGUUCGGACUGGUCUUUCUUAUGUUUUCCGCUCUGUUUGGAAUAUAUUUCAAUACCAGGACGGGUCCCAGGAAUCGCAAAGAGAUGAGCGCCUAUAGUGUGUUUAACAAGAAUUGCGAGAGCAUCGAUGGCACCCUUAAAGCGGAGCAGUUUGAGAGAGAAAUCCGCUAUGGAUCAGGGAGUGUUCGAUAAGGAAGAUAUAUAUAAUAUAUGUAAUAUAGACAAAUUAAUAUAAACUAACAAAAAUAAUAUAAAAACCUCUUUAAACGAGAAAGAGCGUAGAACAGAAGGUUCUUGAAGUUAUAAACGCUUUCGUAUCUCAAAGUUUAAUGUAUUUCCCUUAAAUGUUCCUCAAAUCCCCUCUUGAUAAACAACAAAACAAACUCUCUUUUUAAACAGUAAGACAAUCGAAACAUUUAUGUUUUUUAUUGGUAAAGUAUAAAUUCAUGAAUUUAUUCUAAACCUUUUUCCACAACGAAAAAUAAAUUGAAGUCUUGAGCUGUCA